AAUUCACAUCCAGCACUCUGGGUGGCUCUGUGUGUGUGCCACUGACUCACACACAUUUCCAUCAGCAAAAAGUUUACCUCACCUUCAAAUAAUUUAAACAUUCUUUUAUUGAUUGGGUGUCCACCUCCUUUAAUUUAUUCAAGUGUGGAGCCACUGUGUACCUAUAUUUCCAGCAAAGAUCGUUCUACUGCAGAGGCUCUUUUUUUACUUCAGUAUUUAUAAUCCAUUAAUCAAGUGACCAAACCAAUCUCUUUCAGAUUAUUCGCACGUUUCUUUCUGAAUUCACGUUUCCUGUAGAUGGCACCAUUGCGUGCUUGUUGGCAACAAGUUCAAGCCAGGACGUCGAUUUGUAGCUCAUCCUUAACCUCAACACCCUCAUGGCAGUAAAAUUUGAUGUAAGUGGAAGUAAUUAGAGAGCAUAAACUACUAAACUUAAACAUUUAUGUCAGUGGAAUGUGGCUCUAGGUUCGGCAGAAGUGCGCGUAAAGGGUUUUGAUUGAUGCUUUAACGGACAUCUUAUUACAAUUUCUAGACUAAAAUAGUUGACAUGCCAGUAGUUUGUGUUUUUUCUGUCGGUUUUCCUCUGGCUGGAGCGGUUGUAGUGGAGACCGUGGCGCGCAGCAGCAGCAGCAGAGCGGAGAGAGAGGAGCGCGCAUUAAACAUGCUCUUGGAGAGCUGAGAGUCAUUCCCGUCACUCUCCGCGCGCAGUCAGACUGCAGAGCCAUCCCAGGGUAAUCUCAAUGAAUGUUGCACUACAAAAAAUGACUAAAAAUAAAAGUAAAGGAAGGAGACUAGCAGAACACGCGAGGACUUCAUCUGAGAGCGCACCAGACUUCCCAUGAUGGAACAGAGGGUAACAUAGGGGGUGAGCUCUUGCAUUUCCUGUCAAGAUUUCAAGUUUGGAUGUAUGCUGGGGAAUGUCCGCCACUUCUUUAAAUAAGUCUUCUUUAAUUUUGGAUUAUAUAUAUAUAUAUUUACAUAUAUAUUGAAAUUAGUCCAAUUCCCCGCUGCGCUUCUGGAGCUGCACCGUAGCGCGCCCUGUCCUCACCUACAGUGAUGGAAAGGAACAGCACCGCUGUUUCAAGGACGUCAACCGAUCAAGAAAUCGCUUAGAUGAACGGCCAGCAUAUGUCGAAUGUUUUUUUGAGUGGAGAGUUGAGUGGAAAAAAGGAAAGCAAGCUGAUCCAAACAAAAGCGCAUUUGGAUUACAACAGCAGGAGAUGAAUGAACACACGUGUGAUUUCCUGUUAAAGUGCGUCCCUGCUUCUUGAAACCUGGAUUGUAACGAAUCAUCUGCUGAACUACCGAUUGUUUCUAGGUGAGUGAGUUAAAAUGAAAAAAAUAAAGAAAUAAAAGAGCUGCCAGGGUGGAUUUCUGUCAGCCCAGGGACCAAUAUCAUCACAGGGACACGCCUCGAAGAUCAUUAAACAAAUCAGAUAAACGCAGUGCAGAAACCAUCAAUAGAAGUUAUUGAUGAGGUGGUAUAUAAGGCUAAUGAUUGGCCAAACUUCCAUUCACUCAAAAACGAGGCAACACUAUACUGUGGAACUUUUCUGAAAGGUUUGAUAGUUUCAGAGUGAACUGAGAGGAAGAACUUUCGCUCAAAGAGAGGAAACUUUAUAAGGAAUGAGCUGACCAGAAGAGCAAAUGCAAACAACAGCUGGAACCUUUUUGUCCCUCAACAAAGUAGAAUGUCGGCCGUCUGUGUUGCUGCUGCAGGAAUCAACGACUAUUUUUGGGGAGGAAUUCUUGAGGGCAAGGUUUUGAAACACUUUUAACAUCAUUUGUGCAAACAUGGUGUUUGUGCCGAGGAGCCUGCGGAUGACCCAGACUGUGGGAGAGCUGGUGCCAAGACAGUUUAGCUCUCCAGCAGCAGCGCUGUUUGUCUGAUGCUCUCUCUCACAGCGGCACAUCAGCGACUGCGGGCUGGAGAUGUGAUGGGGUGAGUGCUGACAACCCCCUCACCCAACCCCCUGUCUCUCACGUUGUUAGCACAAUAAUAUAAACAAUGGAUCAGAAUUUCUCAACAGUACGAGAUGGCAGGCAGCUCACGGCAGAGAGAGACUCGUCAAAGCGGGUUCUGACAGGAUGCUUCCUGUCCCUGCUCAUUUUCACAACGCUACUAGGCAACACCCUCGUGUGUGCUGCCGUCACCAAGUUCCGACACCUGAGGACGAAGGUCACCAACUACUUUGUCAUCUCGCUGGCCAUCUCUGACCUUCUGGUUGCUAUUUUAGUGAUGCCGUGGAAGGCAGCCACAGAGAUCAUGGGGUUUUGGCCGUUUGGAGCUUUCUGCAAUGUCUGGGUGGCCUUUGACAUCAUGUGCUCCACAGCCUCCAUCCUGAAUCUUUGUGUGAUCAGCGUUGAUCGUUACUGGGCCAUCUCCAGUCCGUUCCGCUAUGAACGCAAGAUGACUCCUAAGGUGGCAUGUCUAAUGAUAAGUGCAGCCUGGACUUUAUCUGUACUCAUCUCCUUCAUUCCUGUCCAGCUUAACUGGCACAAAGCUCAGACCACCACCUAUGCAGAACUAAACGGGACAUACCUCUUAGAUCUGCCCCCUGACAACUGCGACUCCAGCCUUAACAGGACAUAUGCCAUCUCAUCCUCCCUCAUCAGCUUCUACAUCCCUGUGGCGAUUAUGCUGGUCACCUACACGCGAAUUUACCGCAUUGCCCAGAAACAGAUCCGAAGGAUAUCUGCCUUGGAAAGAGCUGCAGAGAGUGCCAAAAACCGCCACAGUAGCAUGGGGAAUAGUUCAAGCAUGGAAAGCGAGAGCUCCUUCAAAAUGUCUUUUAAACGAGAAACCAAAGUGUUAAAGACGCUCUCAGUCAUCAUGGGCGUGUUUGUGUGUUGCUGGUUGCCCUUCUUCAUCCUGAACUGCAUGGUUCCGUUCUGCGAAACAAACAUGCCGGAUGGAUCCACGGACUUCCCCUGCAUCAGCUCCACCACUUUUGAUGUGUUUGUGUGGUUUGGCUGGGCAAACUCCUCACUGAACCCCAUCAUCUAUGCCUUCAAUGCUGACUUCCGCAAGGCCUUCUCCAUCCUCUUGGGUUGCCACAGACUCUGUCCGGGGAGCAACUCCAUCGAGAUCGUCAGCAUCAACAACAACAUGGGCGGCGCUACCUCGAACCCCAACUGCCUGUAUCAACCCAAGAGCCACAUCCCGAAGGAGGGCAACAAUUCAGCCAGCUAUGUGAUUCCCCACAGCAUCUUAUGUCAGGAGGAGGAGUUACAAAAGAAAGAAGGAUGUAGAGGGGAGAAUGAGGUGGGAAUGGUAAGCAACACCCUAGAGAAACCCUCCCCAGCGAUCUCUGGGAAUUUAGACAGUGAUGCAGAGGUCACGCUGGAAAAGAUCAAUCCCAUAACCCAGAAUGGGCAACAUAAAGCUGUGUCAUGUUGAGAGAAUGUCAGCAAAAAUGGAUAUAAAUGCAGCAAUGCUUCUGUGUGUGGACCACAGCAGGCAAGACUCACACAGGGGAGCAGAAAAGGAAACAUUAGAGACAAACAUCUCUGACAGGAACCCAGUGGCAGGACGAGCAGACGUGGAAAAAAACCUACAGAAUGUUUUAAUGUAAAGGCACUUUAUCUUGAAAAUAACUAUCUGCAAAAUACAGUCAACAUUUAUUGAUGAAAUUACUUCAUUUGAUGAUAAAUGUUGAUGAUAUGUAUGAUAAAACAGAACACCAGUGCAGACGUAUGAUGCAUACAUCUGCAUAUGUAUGAUGUACAGCAAUGUCACUCAUUUGGAAAGAGUAUAUACAGUGGGGGGAAAAUGUAGCAUUAGUGAAAUAUCAUGUAGGUACAGUAGGUGCUUGUUUGUGUUAAAUGAAAGGACAACGUGGCUGAAUCAAUGCAGUAAAAAUAGUUCCUUAUUGCAGUUAUUUCUUUAACGUAAAAGCAGUAUUAUUGCAAAAAAAAAAAAAAAAACAACCUCCCUUUUUGCUGUGGUAAUUCAUUUUAAUUAAAAAAAAAACGUUAAAUACCAAAGCAAAUGCUGUGAGACAGGGGAAAAUGUUAUUGGAUUCUGUUUGGGUAUACAUAUUUGAUAUUUGCACCCAUCCACCAUAAUCUUUCUGUGCCUGUGGGGAAUCUUUUCAAACCUUACUGAGAGGUCCAGCUUAUCUUUUUGUGACAGACUAAAAGGAGAGGACAAAAGACAAAGGCUCUGCCAUGAUCGGCUUUCUGUUGCGUAUUCAGUUUCUGAUCGAUCCUCGGUCACCUGGGAGCAAAAGAACAUUUCUAGAUUUCUUGAUAUCUCUAUCCUCCCGGCUCUCUUAUCUUACAAAAAAAAAGAAAAAAAAAACGACUUUUUUUUUAAUUUGCUCUCCUUCCUCCCAUUAUCCCCACCAUUCUCACACUCAUCAGGCUUCUUUCCAUCCUCACUUUCUUUAAAGUUUAAUCCUCCCCCACACCAUCUCAUUUGGCAGCCAUCCAUUUUAUGUCUUUCUUUUGCCCACUUUACUUGCUUGAUGAUUCUCCUCUUGGCAAAUACUACCAGUUCAUAAUGAUAAUAUUAAUUUAAAAAAAGAAACACGUUGGAGUUCAUGCAAAAGACACAUGGAUGAAAACACACUGAGUAACCUUUUUCAAAUGUAUGUUCUCACACUGUGUGACAGUCAGUCAGUUUGAGUAGGUGUUGUGAUGAACGUCCUGAAGAUUUUCUUUUCUGCACAAAUGUUUUGGAAAAUAAAAACAAUGCUACUGUUUAAAUCAGUAGUAUUCUGAUUUAAACAGUUGUUUUGAUUGAUUUAUUCUAUAGCAGGGGGGUCUUUAAUCUUUAAUUCUUUAAAUAUGCUGCUACUGCUCCACAACUUUUUUUAAAAAGGAUGUGCUGUUGGUAGUUUUUAGUGACAUUUGACCCACUGCGUUACAAAUCAGCCCGAUCUAAUGUGCUGUUUUAAGUGCCGUGAAAAGUCCUAAGUGUUAAAAGUCCCCCAAAAUUACAAGUUUCUUUAUGUUUGAGUCUUGUUUUUUUAUGUUUUAAAAUGGAAAAAAUCCACAGGAGAACAGGAAAUGUUGUGGAAGUGAUUUUCAACCCUGUAUAGUGACAUGCAUUGUGUGUGACAUAAAUAAUCAUCAGAGUCAGACAUAAUAAGCACUGAAGUGGAAGCCUGUGUGCCAACCCUUUUAGUAUUAUUUUUUUAUUUUUUAUUUUUUUUGGCGGUACUGUUGCUCUGUAUGCUGAGCGCUGCCUGCACGUGGUUGGUGCCCACGAAGGCGUGAAACCUCUGCGCAUCAGAGAAAAGGAGAGCAGAUCGGAUAGAAGGCAAUUGGUCUUGAAUGAAGCAUUUGAUUUUCCUGCGUUGGAAAAUCCAAUGCUAUCCAGACGGCAGCAGGGCAAAGCUUUCAGUUCGAUAUGUGGCUUGGCUUGUGUCAGAAAAAGCACCUCAUUGUCCUCUUUGCCUCCCCACAACAUUCCGCCUGCUCUUACAGCGUGGAAUCCAAUGUUUUGUUCAGGGCAGCUGGAAUUGGCGACCCCGUCCAUGGUAUGGUUUCAUUUAAUUCUACAAGUGCUCAAGUUUGGUACAACAAGUGCCACAUAUUGUAAGCCCCCCCCCCCCCCCAUCCCCCCACCAUGGGGUUUCUAAUGAUCAGCCAUAUCAGCUUAACAAACCUCACCUCUCCCUCUGCACCAGUUCAUCCAGUUAUUUCCAAUCACUUGCCAGCUCAAACAUGCAAUAAAACACGAUGUGUGUAUAAUCCGUCAGAAUUGGACAUGAAAGGAGACUGCCUUGGGGAGGAUUGCUCCUCCACUCACCCCCCCCCCAUCUCUCCUUCCUUCUGUAUUUUACUCUUUUCUCUCGGCUGCCUCUGUCGACUUGAUGAGGGUUCCUGAUGUUAACAAAGAUUGAAUUUAAUAUUAAACAGGCGGAGCCUACUGUCUCCUUUCUCGUUAUGGAAUUGCUGAAUCCCCACCUGGCCAUUACAGUAUUGGACUCUGUAUUGUUACUGCUGCUGCCAAAACCAUUCGUUUUAUUUGGCAUAAGCAUGGCUUUACGGUUGUUGAUGCUGUGAUCUUAACAAUGUUUAUUAAGGUGAAAAUUGGGAACAAUGAGCUUUAUCAGUCAUUUUUGUGACGUCAUCUGCAUUCACAGGUUUGCUAUAUAUAACUAGCACUACGUAUUUGCUCUUUGUGUCAAUUUAUUGAGCAGAGAAUUGAAAGGCUCUCUGGUGUAUUAUGUAUGGCUCUGCACCCUUUUGCCACCCCCACCCCCCUACCGAGACUCAGUAGCCUUCACCAUGUCAACUCAGUCAGUCAUCUUUUUCAGCUGCCACUGCUUUGAUUUUGGAGAAGGGACAUGUCGGGCUGCAGUUCCAGAGGCAAAAUGUUUCGUUUGAUUCAGAGGUUUUCCCCUCUAGGCUGCCUAAAAGCUCCUCUGGGGAGCUACGUUGACAAUGCAUAAGCCUCAAUAAGUGCAGGAACAUGACAACUUAAACAAAUCAGAAAGUGAGGAGUCUCUUCUCUUCCUCCUCCUACUCUGGUGAGUAGCCAGCUUUGGGAACAUGCAGCCAUUUCGACGGCAACGUCUCCUAUUAUUUUUCAUUUCAAAGUGACAUAGACCCUACCUCAUUCUCAGUUCUGUGACAGAAUGCCAUGUAAAAACAUAAAGUCAGUGACAACGUCAAGGGUUGGGGAUGGCAGGGACGGAGUGUUGUACAGUGAUGUUCAAAAUGUAGUGAAGAUUAACACAAGUGCUUUUUAUCUUUCAGAAUCCUUAACAUUUGUAGCAGACUUACAUGAUGUACGUUUUUUUCCUUUCAAUGUGGGAUUUUAAAAAGUAUACAGAAAAGUUCAAAAUUCUUUAGAUGAGGUUUGAUUGACAUGUCUCUGAUGUUCAUCCAUGAACUUGAUGUCAAAGAGUUUGGCCCUCAGAGUCUUUUAGUUUACAGUUUGUACAAAAGAAAAUGUGCCCUUCUUGUAAAAUAAAAAGUUGUAUGUA